AUGAAUUCUCUAAAGAUUUUAGUUAAUUCUUUGGAAACAAUCUAUCAUCCUUCAAAAUCAUCUUCUCCAUCUUCAUCACCUUCAAAUUAUGAUUUAUCAAAUUCAACUAAUCAUUUACAAGUUGUAGUUGAUGAUGAUUAUAAGGAUUUAUCACAUGCCACAAAUGAUAAUGAUGAGAAUGAAUCAAAACCAUCUGAUUUAACUUCUUCAUCGAAUGAUACUAUAAUAAACGUGGAUCAACAAUCAUCUGCAUCAUCACCAUCUCAUGAAGAUGAUGAUAAUUAUAAUGAUGUAUUAGAAAUAAAUUUAUCUAAAAAUCAAUCAUCAUCAAAUUCUCCCAUAACAUCAACAUCAUCAACAUCCACUCAAUCAAAUCUCAAUCCCACCAUCAUACCCAAACGAAAAUCAUCAUUUAAAACAUUCUUUUCAAUUUUAUUCCAUAUUAUAUUCUUUCUUCCUAAUUAUCUCGUUAUAAAACCAAUCAUAUUUAUAUGGUAUUUAAUCAUAUUUCCCUUUAUUUAUACUGGUCAAAUCUUGGGGUUAUUAAAUGAAGAUGAUAAUGAUGAAUUAUUAUUUGAAAAGGAAAGAGAAGAAAAAAUGAAUCAAGAAGAACAACAAUUGAAGGAUUCACAAUUAAAAAAGAAAAAGAAGAAGAGUAUAAAGAAGUUAACUCCAACUCCUCCUCCUUCAACUCCAUCAAGAAUCAUUGAAGAACAAGAUGAAUUAGAACAAUUCGUCCAUGAUCAUGACGAUAUAGAUCAACAUCAACAUCAUCAUAGAUCAUCUACUUCUUCUACUCCCGACAAUCGUUCAUUCAUAGAUGAUAAAACUGAACAAAUCAAACAAGAAAAUAUCUUUUCCAAUAAAAUUAAAUCCCCCACUGCAUCUUCAAAAUAUAUCAUCCCACCUCCUCAACGAUUAUAUCCCUUCAUAAGAAAUCCAUUAAAAAGAAAACGGAAAACUUUGAUUCUCGAUUUGGAUGAAACUUUAAUUCAUUCAUUAUCAAGAGGUUCACCACGUUCAUUCAAUUCCACUAGUGUAUCAUCUCCAAAAAUGAUUGAAAUCAAAUUAAAUAAUAUCGCCACCUUAUAUUACGUUCAUAAACGUCCUUAUUGUGAUUAUUUCCUUCAAGAGAUUUCCAAAUGGUUUGAAUUACAAAUCUUCACUGCAAGUGUUAAAGAAUAUGCUGAUCCUAUCAUCGAUUGGUUAGAAAGUGAUAUAAUCGAUUAUCAAAAGAAAAAGAAGGAUGAUUCUUCUAUAAUGGGUAUCCCACCAACCAUCCCUGCCGACUUUAUAAACCAAACCACCACCCCUACCAACAACGAUAACAACUCACCAAUUUUCACAAAGAGAUAUUAUAGAACGGAUUGUACGUUCCGACCUGGAGUAGGAUAUAUCAAAGAUCUUUCGAAAUAUAUCAAAGACGAAGAUUUGAAAAAUGUCAUUAUAUUGGAUAAUUCCCCCAUUUCAUAUGCUUUACAUGAAGAUAAUGCCGUCAUGAUUGAAGGAUGGAUUAAUGAUCAGAGUGAUAGGGAUUUAUUAAAUCUUUUACCGAUGUUACAUAGUUUAAGUCUUUGUAUUGAUGUGAGGUUUAUCCUUGGGUUAAGAUCGGGAGAAAGAUCAUUCGAAAGAGAAAUAAGGAAAGGUUGA